AUGAUAAGAUUAUUAUUAAGAAUAGUUUUUUUAAUACCUUUAUGUUUUAUAGGAGAAUUUUGAUUAGUUCAGUUUAUAUUUUUUAUUUAUUUUUUUAUUUUUUUAAAGAAUUUUUCUUUUAAUUAUUUUUUUAAUUAUUUAUCUUUAUUUUUAGGAUUAGAUAUACUAUCUUUUUUUUUAGUUUUAUUAAGAUUUUGAAUUUGUGCUUUAAUAGUAUUGGCAAGAGAGAAAAUUUUUAAAACUAAUGAAUAUUAUAAUUUAUUUUUAAUAGUUAUAUUAAUUUUAAUAAUUAGAUUGUAUAUUACAUUUAGAAGAAUAAAUUUAUUAAUUUUUUAUUUAUUUUUUGAAAUUAGAUUAAUUCCUACUUUAAUUUUAAUUAUUGGUUGGGGUUAUCAACCAGAGCGUGUAGAAGCAGGGAUGUACUUAUUAUUUUAUACUUUAUUAUUUUCUUUACCUAUAAUAAUUUCUAUUUUUUAUUAUUAUAGAAAUAGUUACAGAUUAGAAUUUUUUUUAUUUAAAAAUUUAGAUAUUACAUAUUUAUAUGUUUUUAUAAUUAUAAUUUUUAUAGUAAAAAUGCCUAUAUUUUUUAUUCAUCUUUGAUUACCUAAGGCCCAUGUAGAAGCUCCUGUUGCAGGGUCAAUAAUUUUAGCUGGUAUUAUAUUAAAAUUAGGAGGAUAUGGAUUAUGUCGUUUAAUAGUGAUAUUUGUAAGAGUAGGAAUAAAAUAUAAUAUUAUUUUUAUAGUAAUUUCUUUAGUUGGUGGAUUAAUUGUUUCAUUUAUCUGUAUACGUCAGAGAGAUAUAAAGUCUUUAAUUGCUUAUUCUUCAGUAGCUCAUAUAGGAAUAGUAUUAAGAGGAAUUAUAACUAUAAAUUUUUGAGGAAUAUGAGGAGCUUUAGUUAUGAUAUUAGCACAUGGGCUUUGUUCUUCAGGUUUAUUUUGUUUGGCUAAUAUUUCUUAUGAACGAUUACAUAGACGAAAUUUAUAUUUAAAUAAGGGUUUACUUAAUAUCAUACCUAGAUUAUCUUUAUGGUGAUUUUUAUUUAGAUCUUCUAAUAUAGCUGCUCCUCCUUCUUUAAAUUUAUUAGGGGAAAUUAUGUUAAUUAAUAGACUUGUAAGAUUUAGAUGAUUAACUAUGAUUUUUCUUUCUUUAAUAUCAUUUUUUAGAGCUGUUUAUUCAUUAUUUUUAUUUUCUUUUAGACAACAUGGUAAAUUAAAUUCUAGAAACUAUUCUUUUUAUAUAGGAUAUGUACGUGAAUAUUUACUAUUAUUUUUACAUUGAUUUCCUUUAAAUGUUUUAAUUUUAAAAAGAGAAUAUUUUAUUUGAAUUU